CUGCUGCCUCGCCAGCUAGCUCCGAAACUCAAUGGUUGUUGGGCGGGGUCGUGACGUCCUUGGCGUGGCUGCAGGGGAGGCCGCGGCGGGGAAAAUGGCGGACGGGAAGGCGGGAGAGGAGAAGCCCGAGAAACCGCAGCGAGCUGGAGCCGCCGGAGGACCUGAAGAAGAAGCAGAAAAACCUGUGAAAACUAAGACUGUUUCUUCCAGUAAUGGAGGGGAAAGUUCCAGUCGCAGCGCUGAGAAGCGAUCAGCUGAAGAAGAAGCUGCAGACCUCCCAACAAAGCCUACAAAGAUCUCCAAGUUUGGAUUUGCCAUAGGUAGUCAGACGACAAAGAAAGCCUCAGCCAUAUCCAUCAAACUUGGAUCAAGUAAGCCUAAAGAAACUGUUCCAACGCUUGCUCCAAAAACCCUUUCAGUAGCAGCAGCUUUUAAUGAAGAUGAAGAUAGUGAGCCAGAGGAAAUGCCUCCAGAAGCAAAGAUGAGGAUGAAGAAUAUUGGAAGGGAUACACCAACAUCAGCAGGACCAAACUCCUUCAAUAAAGGAAAGCAUGGUUUUUCUGAUAACCAGAAGCUAUGGGAGCGAAAUAUAAAAUCUCAUCUUGGAAAUGUCCAUGACCAAGACAAUUAAAUGAUGUGUUUUGAAAUUGGGGUGUGGGGUGGGUGAAAAGUUAAAAGGAACAGUUUCCUUUUUUAAAGAACAUGGUGUAAGACUGUCUUUGGAGCCUUUUUUUUUUUUUUCUUUUUUUUUAAGAUUGAGUGGUACACUAAUAAAUGAGAGUUUGAAAUUAGAGGUAAUUUAUGUUUUAUAUACAGAUUUCAAAACAUUUGCUAAUUUUGUAGUUUCAUGUGAUUAGUUUCCAAAGGUUACAGAUAAUAAAAAAUCAGAAAUGGUACCUUUCUAAGAAUUGCAUAUUUUUUUAGACACAACUAUUAGCACAUUAAGAGGAACGCAAAAAGUUAUUGUCUGUUAAACUGCAAGCAGUUACUCUUAACUCCCUUAUUAACCUAAAGUGUCAGGCUCCCAGGAACAGCCUUAUAGAAGAGGGAGUAUUGUAUUGGGAGGAAAAUGUUACUGGACUAUUGACUGAAAGUACGUUAGAUAAAAUUAAAAUACAGCUUUUUUUUUUUCCUAAUGGGCAUUUGUUUUGUUUCAGGUCAUCAUAAACUAGAUACUGCAUUGCUAUCAGUUGGUACAGAUGCUUAGCUCUUUAAAAUUUUUUAAAAAAAUUUUAUGUAAAUUGUUGAGUAUUUGAAAUAGCCCACUUCACUUUAACGGGUCUUGUCUACCUUCAUUAGUCUUCAAAGACCAUUUGCUACCAAAGUAAAUCAGUAUUUUGAAUGUGCUUCUCUUGGUUUUUGUUAUUAGCUAGUUCCUGUAAGCAUUUCCACCAGAUCUUGAGGCAAAUCAUAAGGAAGCUGUUUCUUUUAAAAUACAAACCACCACCAAAAAUUUAAAUGUACAUAAUACUUAAAUAUUUGGCUGUUUUUAUUUUUAAAAGGUAGAAACGCCAAAAAAGCAACAUUGUAUGAAGAUGAAAAUGAGAAAGAUGCACUUUCUGUAACUUUGUUAAAGCUUAAUUUAAGUUACUAACUUGUGAAAGCGAGUUUCAUUUGAACUUAAUACAAGAAUUCUUAUUUUAGUACAGUAAUAUGGUUUAUUUGAAGUGUAUACAUAUUAACCAAUGGCCUCUCAAAAGCACAUUUUAGGUACUGAAGAUAAAAAGAAAGAAAAUGCAUCUUUAAACAUAUUUUAUGGAUUCUUUGACCACAUAUAUGUUGUUAGAUCUGUGUUUUGUAGGGUUUUUUUAAAAUUUUUGUAUAUGAAUUAUUUUUUAAUGUGACAGUUAUAAACACAUCUUUACAAGCGUAGUCACAGAUAAAAGAAACACCGUAUAAUGAUUUCUUUGAAUACUCCUGCAAUGUUUAAUUUGGAGGCAGCUUCAGACUAUUUUAUUGGUGGUAACUACUUGCUGAGCUCUUUUAAUAGGUAAUAACUCCAGAGAAGCAGCCUGUAUAUAUUCCUAACAUUUUGUUCAUUUGCAUUUAAGUUUAGAGUAAGCCCCAAGUAAAACAAUGGAAAUGUAUAUAGAACUAUUAGUCCUUACAUGAUUUAAUUAUAUCAAGAUAGAUGAAUUUAACUUGCUUUAAUGUAGGCGGACUUUCCACUUUUGUCCAUUUUACUGUUUAUGUUAAAAUAACAUCCCUCUCCUACAUAUUCUUUUCUUGACUCAAAUGAAAUACUAACCUAAGGUCAAGAUGGGAGAGAAACGACUGAGAUGAAUGUCUUUACUAAAAUACCAAUAAAUUUGUCAAACUCAAUAGUGUUCUUAUUUUCUAUUCUACAUAAUUGUUGCUGGGGUUUUUGUUUUGUUUUUUUAUUUAUUUAACAAAAAAGACGAGCCAGAUGUUAUGAUUGUUGCUCUUGCCCAGAUUGUUGGCCAAAGUAAUGGGAAAUUUAAAAUUAGUAUUUAUUGGAGUCUACCUAACUUAGCACAUAGUUCUAUAGCAUUACAGUAUCUGGGGUUGGAAAAGACUUAAUCCAAAUCAUCCCUCUCCUUCACUGCCAAAGUGUUUUCUGUCCUGUGCUGUACAAAAUCCUGCCAAGGCAUAUCUUUGGAAAUCCCUAAGUGUUAGAAGGUAUACAUAGUGUCUGCCAUCCAUUGGCUCCAUGUCAUGUGUUUGAAAUGUUUAUACAGCUGCUGCCCAGAAGGUCAGGUCCUAGUAAAUAAAAAAUUGAGCUACAUUUUAGAAUUAAGAUUCAUUCCAGUUUGAAUAAUUACAAAUGAAGGCUGUUUGUUUUCAAAUUUUUUUCCUUCGCUCUAGUAAUCCAGAUUAGCUUGACUUAGCGUGGAGGAAAGUUACGUUCCUGGUCACAUGAAGAUACUUUUUUGAAUUUUAAACUUCAUUUUGAAAAAAAUUUCAGACUUAACAAAACAUUGUGAAAAUAUUACAGGGUAUUUCCAUGUUCUCCAGAUGUUAACAUCUUAAAUAACUACAGGACAAUUGUCAAAAUCAGGGAAUUAACAUUAUUAUAAAGUUUAAUAUUAAUUACCUUGUAUUGUUCUACAGGCUUUUUUCACAUUUCACCAUUUGCUCCACUAAUCUUUCUAGUCAAAGAUCCACUUCAUUAUCCCACAUGGUGUAGUUGUCCUCUUUCUUUAAUCCUUUAGUCUGGGACACUUCAUUGUUUGUUCAUGACCUUAGACUUUUUAAAAAGGACAGGGCAGUUAUUUGUAAAAGAUCCUCAGUUGGGGGUUUGCCUACUAUUUCCUCAUGGUUAAAUUGAGUUUAUGAAUUUUUGGCAAGAAUAACACAGAACUGACGUGUCCUCAGUGUAGCAGCAAGUGCAUGAUGAUAAUUUGUCCUGUUGCUUACACUGUUAAUAAUUGAUCACUUGCUGAAGGUGGUGUCUGCCAGAGUUCUCCACUGUCAAAUUACUAUCUUGUAAUUUGUAUCUUGUAAUUAGUAUCUUGUGGGGAAAUUCUAGGGACUAUGUAAGUACCCUAUUUUUCAUACUGUUGCCCACUAAGAGGGCAGGCAUUCAUGGUUCUUUUUUUUUAAAUAAUGUCAUCUUUUUUUUUUUUUUUUUAAGAUUUUAUUUAUUUGACAGAGAGAGACACAGCGAGAGAGGGAACACAAGCAGGGGGAGGGGGAGAGGGAGAAGCAGGCCCCCCGCCGAGCAGGGAACCAGAUGCGGGGCUCUAUCCCAGGACCCUGGGAUCAUGACCCGAGCCUAAGGAGACGCUUAAUGACUGAGCCACCCAGGCGCCCCUGCAUUCAUGGUUUUUUCUUCCCCCGUGGUUCUUUCCUGAAACAAUUUUUAGUGUAGAAUUUGCCAAGUGAUGGUUUGCUAUUUCCAACAUUUCUUCUGCUUUUAGUAGUUGAAAUUCUGCUCUGAGGAAGUCCCCCCCCAUUCAUUAUUUAUUUUAUUUUAUUGAUAAUGGGCCCAUGUAACCUUACGUUAUUCUUUAGGUUACGACCCAUUACUACCAUUAUUUAUUUUGUAACUCAGAAUGUCCCAAUUUGCCCAUGCAAACUCCUUUCAGUUGACCCUCAUGUCUUUUUGAUGUUGCCAUCCUUUUAAUACUUAAAUUCUGGCAACAAAAGAUACACUGUACCCAUCUUGGAUUUUCUCUUCUCCAGCCCUGGAAUUAGUGAUUCCUCUAAGCAUGGUUCCUUCUAGAGACAGUGGUCUUUAGAAAUUAAAAUAGUACUUGAUCUCAUAGGUACUGAGGUAUCAUUGCUUCUGGCCUGCUUAACAGAGCUAGAAAAUGUGUGUAAUAUAUACACCUAUAUCUAUUUCUAGAUUGAUGUAUGUGUGUGUAUCUCCAAUACCAGGCCAACACCAGAGUUGAUUCUAGUCUUCCUAUAUUUGAAACUUUUAUCCAACAGUAAGAAAUCUAUCUCCAGUAUGUUCACUUUUAUUUGCCCAAUUUAUAGAAUACACAGAAAAUACUUUCAGAAUUAUUAACCACGUAUCUACCAGUGAAAAAACAGCUUACCAGCCUGUGCAGUAUUUGUGUAUAGUUGCUUUUUUUUUUCAGUCUUACAGUGCAUAAUCAAAAUACUGUUUUACAAAGUAAUGUGGGUUCUUUUCUCAGUUCCCCUUUCAGUAUGGUUAUGCUACUCUUUUGUAAUGAAAUUAGUUAACUUGUUUUUGUUUGUAUUUCACAAUGAAUGCUGCCCAUUCUUUGUUAAUUUGUGGGGGGUUUUUUUGUAUGUAAAAUAUUAGCAUAGUUCUAAAAGUUAGAACUAUACAAAAGGUGUCACUCCUUCCUAUCCUUUCUAGCUCUUUCUCUUUCUCCUAGCCUUUCUAUCCCGUUUGCACCUAUCCCCUGUAGGUAAUCUAUUUCUGGUUUCUGUUUUAUACUUCCUGUCUCUUUUGAAUAAAUGAGUGGUUAUUAUUUCCCUUUUUUUCUUACAUGAUAUGUAGCAUGUUAUAGUUAACUUUUAUAUUUUGGUGGUUUUUUCCUACUUUACAGUAUACCCUGGAAACUAUACCAGUUCAUGGAGAUAAUACUCCAAAAACAUUUUUAACAGCUAUGUAGUGUGAAUAUACUAUAGUUUAUGCAGUUACUCUUCUAUGUAUGGGCAUUUAGGUCAUUUCCAAUAUUUUGCCAUUACAGUGCUAUAAUUGAGUAACCUUGUGCAUGUGUAUUUUCAUAUUGUUGGGAUGUAUCUUCCUUCAGGUAAAUUCCCAAACAUAGGAUUGCUGAGUCAAAAUAUAAGUGUAUAUGUACUUUUGUUAGAUUUUGCCAAAUUCUCAUCCAAAAGGGUUGUACCAAGUUUGUUUUCCCACCAGGAAUGUAUAAGAGUUCAUGCCUCUUUUCACAGCCUUGCCAACAGGAUGUUUAGGUCAUGCUUUUUAAUUUUUGCCAAAUCAGAUAGGUAAAAAAUGGUAUUUCACAUUAGUUUUGAUUUGCAUCUCUAGCUACGAAUGAAGUAAGGUAUCCUCUGUAUUUAAGGGCCAUCUGAGUAUCUUUAUGAAUAGUCUGUUCAUGUCAUUCCCAUUUUACUAUGGGUUUUUGGUCCUUUCUCAAAUUUUAAGAAUUCCUUAUAUACUAACUCUUUAUCUUUGAUGUGUUAUAGUUUUCCCAAUUAAUUGUCCUUUGGCUUUGAUUUUGGUGCUUUUUGUUUUGUUUUGUUUUGUUUGCAAUGCAGAAAGCUUUCAUUUUUUCUGUAGUAAACUCUGUUAAUUUUUUAUUGCCUCUCAAUUUAAUGUUAAUAUUUAGAAAGCCUUUCUCUAUACUGAUACUAGAGAUGAAUUUACCCGUGUUUUUCUUGUGCUUUUGUAUUGUUUCAUUUUUUAAUUUAAGGAGAUUCCUACUAAUUUGGAGCAUAUUCUUGUGCAUUUGUGAGAUCAGGAUCUAAUUUUAGUUAACUGAUAUCUAUGAUAAUAAGCCAUCAUAAUCAAGAGCACUCUGCUUUUGUGUCUUUCAGGGGUGUUUUAAAUUUUUUCUCCUAUAGGUUUUGCAUAUUUCUUGUGAGCUUAGUCCUAAGUAUUUAAUCUUUAUUGUUAUUGAAAUGAGGUUUCCUCUACCAUUGUGUGCUGAUCCUUUUAGGAUAUGAAGGCAAUUUCUGUAUGUUAAUGCUGUGUCUUGCUAUCUUACUGAAUUCUCAUAUUGAGUUUUAUCAUUUCUCUAGGAUUUUUCAGGUAUAUCAUCAUAUCACCUGCAAAUAGAGUUGGUUUUAAUUCUUUACCAGUUUCUGUGCCUCUAACUCAUUUUUCUUGUCUAACUGUAUUGCUUAAUACCACUAGUACAGUAUUGAAUAAGAGAAAUAACGGGCACCCUUCCCUUAUUCUUGUUCUCAGUAGAAAUGUUUCCAGUGUUUAGCCAUUAAAUAAGAUGCUGGCUUUAGGACUAAACAUAUUUUAUCAUGUUAAAAAUAUCCGUCAAUUCCUAUUUUUUUAAGUGCUUUUUAUCAGAGAUGGGUGUUGAAUUUUGUCAAAGGCUUUUUGAAGAUUAUAUCAAGGGAAAACUAAUACGGACAGUCCCCACCUUACCAAUGGUUUGACUUACGAUUUUUCAACUUCAUGAUGCUGCACAGUGAUUACACGUCUGGCAAAAAGAUACACGUUCAGUAGAAACCAUACUUAGAAUUUUGAAUUUUUAUCUUUUCCUGGGCUGGCAGUAUGCAGCUAGCUACCAGUCAGCCAUUCAAUCACAAGGGUAAACAACCGAUACACUUAAAACUAUUCAGUACACGGGGCGCGUGGGUGGCUCAGUCGUUGAGCGCCUGCCUUCGGCUCAGGUCAUGAUCCCAGGGUCCUGGGAUCGAGCCCCACAUCGGGCUCCCUGCUCCGCGGGAAGCCUGCUUCUCCCUCCCCCACUCCCCCUGCUUGUGUUCCCUCUCUCGCUGUGUCUCUCUCUGUCAAAUAAAUAAACUCUUAAAAAAAAAAAACAAAACUAUUCAGUACACAUACAGCCAUUCUGUUUUUUGCAUUGAGUGCAGUAUUCAAUAAAUUACAUGAGAUAUUAGACACUUUUUUAUACAGUAGACUUUGUGUUAGAUGGUUUUCCCAACUGUAGGCUAAUAAUGUAGGUGUUGGAGCACCUUUAAGUUAGGCCAAGCUAAGCUAUGGUGUUUAGUAGGUUAGGUGUAUUAAAUGCGUUUUUGACUUAACAUUAUUUCCAACUCCAGUGGGUUUAUGGGGCUGUAACACCAUCUUAAGUCAAGGAGGAUCUGCAUAAAGAUUCUAAGUGUGAGAACUCUCAGGUGUAGCAGAAGUAGCAACUGCUGGGACAGUCUACCACCUUAGGGCUCAGGGAGUAAGUGAACAAGGGAAAGAUUUAACAUCUUAGAGGAGAGACCAAGAGGCCAAAUUUCAGAUCUUUGAGGAGAGAGUGUGUUCCCUGCAGGGAAGAACAGCAUACUGAGGGGGGCCCACCAUCAACAGUGAAGACAAAUUUUGGGAAUCCCAUAUUCCACUGCAUGACAAAUCCCUGGUUAUAUGUACCCUUCCACUCCUAUGGGAAUCAUUGUUGGCUAGCAAUGAUUAUUGCUUUUUGUUUUUAUUUUUUGCUUCUUUUCAUUGUCCUAUACUUUGCAAAUUUCCUACAUCGAUCCUACAUUACUUGGAUCAUUGGAGAAAUGAGUGAGAAUAGAGGUAUCCCUAAAUAAGGUGAAUAAGGUUAGCUGUCAUUCUAGCAUGUCUGAAUUAGAUAUGAGAACUUUUUUUUUUAAGAUUGAUUGAGUGAUUGAUUUACUUAUUUGUCAGGGAAAGCAGCAGGCAGCUGGAGAAGCAGGCUCCCCACUGAGCAGGGAGCCCGAUGUGGGGCUCGAUCCCAGGACCCUGGGAUCAUGACCUGAGCCGAAGGCAGAUGCUUAACUGGCUGAGCCACCCAGGCACCCCUGUGUGAGAACUUUCUUAAACCAAAGGCUUUGACCCACAUCACAGUAGAUAUCCACUUAACUAAUGCACAUGGACACAGAACUAAUUGACAGCUGUGUACAUUUUUUUAUGUAGUCCAAAAGUGCUGUUAUCAUAAAUCUUUUUUCUUUCCUGAGAGUAAAUCCUCCCUGGGAGCACUUUAUCUGCAGUGUCCAUUGAAUUCACAUUGCUUAAUAUUUAGAAAAAAUACAAACUGUUGUGUACUAUGUAAAAUAUCAAGGAUAACCACUAUAACUUUACUGCAGGGACAGGUACCUGAACUCUUGAGUCUCUCACUGAUUAGUAUGUCAUCCAAAUGCACCACAAAAUGCAUUUCACUCGGAGUCUAGCAUUGUCCUGAUUUCAUGCUGGUCAUACACCUUGAGUUGCUUGUUUUAUUUCUGCUGCUUGCUUUCGGAACUCCAUAACUAAAUCGUAGGUGCUGUAAGAUUUGGAUAGAUCAAUAGAACUGUGAAUUUACCCACAUAACCAUGCCUCAAAAUAAAACAAAGUUCCUAUAUAAUUUAUAUACCUUGACUAUAAGAAAAAAGAUCAAAACAAGCAGAACACUUGAAAUCCAGUAAUGCAAGCAAAGUAACAUUAAAAGAAUGUAAGUACUAAUUAGAUGUUGAAACAUUGGCAGAUGACUCUAGCAAAUCUAACUGAAGAUGCAAUUUUUUUUUUUUUUUUUUUUUUUGAGAGGCAGAGGUGAGGGAAAAGGCAGAGGGAGAGAGAAUCUUAAGCAGGUUCCACACCCAAUGUGGAGCCCAAUACAGGGCUCAGUAUCACAACCCUGAGAUCAUGACCUGAGCCAAAAUGAAGAGGCAGAUGCUUAACUGACUGAGCCACCCAGGCACCCCUGAAGAUGCAAAUUUUUUUUAUUUAAAGAUUUUGUUUUUAAUCAGUACACCCAGCAUGGGGCUCCAACUUACAACCCCCAAAUCAAGAGUUGUAUGCUCUACUGAUGGAGCCAGCCAGGAGUUCCAGUGAAGAUGCAAAUUGAGAAUGAUAAGGUGUAUCUGUGGGGACAGAAUAGAUGGGAACUCUACUCUUCUGCUCAAUUUUGCUAUGAACCUAAAACUGCUCUUUAAAAAAAGUUUAUUAAAAAAAAAAUCAAGGGGCGCCUGGGUGGCUCAGUUGGUUAAGCGACUGCCUUCGGCUCAGGUCAUGAUCCCAGGGUCCUGGGAUCGAGUCCCACAUGGGCUCCCGGCUCAGCGGGGAACCUGCUUCUCCUUCUGACCCUCUCCUCUCUCAUGCUGUUUCUCUCUCGCUUGCUCUCUAAUAAAUAAAUAAAUAAAAUCUUUAAAAAAAAAAAAAUCAAGGUGUGAGUAGUGGUUUAACUUAGUCACAAGGUGCCUCUUCACCAUAAAUAUAAUACUCAGUUGGAUAUAAAACCCUCAAAAUAUUCUAACAACACUGUUGCCAUGCUGUGUGUGGAUAUCAACUUUGUGUAUGAACAUUCAUACAUAUUUACCAUACAAGCAGAUUUCUCAAAACAGGAUUUCAGUGUAGUUAUACUCUCAGAGGAUCACUUUGAGAAAAAAAAAUGUCACUUUCCCAGCUUUUAAACAUGUUUCUUCUCUGGGUGCCUGGGUGGCUCAGUCAGUUAAGCGUCUGCCUUCGGCUCAAGUCAUGAUCUUGGGGUCCUGGGAUCGAGCCCCACAUCAGGCUCCCUACUCAGUGGGGCAUCUGCUUCCUCUCCCUCUUCCACUCCCCCGUUUGUGCGCUCUCUCUCUGUCAAAUAAAUAAAAUCUUUUUGAAAAAGCACUAUUUAAAAAAAAAAAAAAACAGGGGCAGCUGGGUGGCUCAGUUGGUUAAGCGACUGCCUUCAGCUCAGGUCAUGAUCCUGGAGUCCUGGGAUCGAGUCCCGCAUGGGGCUCCCUGCUCAGUGGGGUGUCUGCUGCUCCCUCUGACACUCCCCGGUCUCAUGCUCCCUCUCUGUCUCAUUCUUUCUCUCUCAAAUAAAUAGGAUCUUUAAAAAACAAACAAACAAGGGGCCCCUGGGUGGCUCAGUCGUUAAGAAUCUGCCUUCGGGGGCGCCUGGGUGGCUCAGUUGGUUGAGCGACUGCCUUCGGCUCAGGUCAUGAUCCUGGAGUCCCUGGAUCGAGUCCCGCAUCGGGCUCCCUGCCUGGCGAGGAGCCUGCUUCUCCCUCUAACCCUCCCCCCCUCAUGUAUUCUCUCGCUCUCUCAAAUAAAUAAAUAAAUCUUUAAAAAAAAAAAAAAAAGAAUCUGCCUUCGGCUCAGGUCAUGAUCCCAGGGUCCUGGGAUCGAGCCCCGCAUCGGGCUCCCUGCUCGGCGGGAAGCCUGCUUCUCCAUCUCCCACUUCCCCGCUUGUGUUCCUUCUCUUGCUGUGUCUCUCUCUGUCAAAUAAAUAAAUAAAAUCUUAAAAACAAAACAAAACAAGGGGCGCCUGGGUGGCUCAGUCGUUAGACGUCUGCCUUCGGCUCAGGUCAUGAUUCAAGGGUCCUGGGAUCGAGCCCCACAUCGGGCUCCCUGCUCGGCGGGAAGCCUGCUUCUCCCUCUCCCACUCCCCCUGCUUGUGUUCCCUCUCUCGCUGUGUCUCUCUCUGUCAAAUAAAUAAAAUAUUUAAAAACAAAACAAAACACACCAUAUUCUCAUUCUAUCCCAUAUAAGUACUAUGGCAGGCAUUGGCUAUGUGAUGCUCUAAGGAAGAAAAUAGGGAAUCAUCACUUUUACCAGAGACCUGGCUUUCUAUGAUAGGAGUAACUUAAGACAAAGCAGCUGCUAUUUGGUGCCAACUUUUAUUUUUAUUUUUUUCUUCCAAUUUUUUAUAAAUUCCAGUUUAACAUAUGGCCUUUCCAACUUAUAAUAAAGCAUGCUGGUGCAGUGCCACCAUGUUGAAAUGGAGAAUUAUAACAGCAGUCUCUUGUCCCAUACAGAGUUACUUGCAUUCCUGUUGUGGUUUCUUUGUUAUAGACGGGGAGCCAUUAGAAAACGGGGGAGCUUCAAGAUGAAGGGCAGUUUUAAAUAAUUGAAGUAAUGGGUAUAACACAAAAAGGGUAAUAGGGCAAACAUGGGAGCUAGGAAAGCAAGGUAUUGGUAGCAUGCUACAUGAAUGAGUUUAUAAAAGCUCAGAAUGAUAUGUUAACAUUAAUUAGCAGUAAUGAGAUGGAACUAACGUCAGAGACAUUGCUAAGGAAUGUAGUGGUUGAAUCAAUGAUGGGAGAUGGAAGCAUCCCAGGAGACUAAGGGUUUGGACCUACUAGCUGGGAGAAUGGUAGAUGCUGCAGAGGGGGGAAAAUUGACAGAUAUAUACAGGGUAACUUUUAAGUUUUUAAGAAAAAUCGCCAGCCAGAAUUUAGGUAAGUAGCAGAUAAUGACAGAAAAUCCAUAGAUGGUUUUCUUUUUCCUUUUUUUAAAAUUUAAAUUUAAUUAGUUAACAUAUAAUGUGUUACUAGUUUCAGAGGUAGAGGUCAGUGAUUCAUCAGUCUUACACCCUGUGCUCAUUACGUCACGUGCCCUCCUUAAUGUCCAUCACCCAGUUGCUCUAUCCUCCCACCCCCAUCCCCUCCAGCAACCUUCAUUUUGUUUCCUAUGAUUAAGAGCCUCUUACGGUGGGGUGCCUGGGUGGCUCAGUCAGUUAAGCGUCUACCUUUGGCUCAGGUCAUGAUUCAAGGGUCCUGGGAUCGAGCCCCAUGUUGGGCUCCCUGCUCAGCGGGAAGCUCGCUUCUCCCUCUCCCUUUGCCUGCUGCUCUGCCUACUUGUGCUCUCUCUCUGUCAAAUAAAAUAUGAAAAAAAAAAAGUCUCUUAUGGUUUGUUUCCCUCUCUGAUUUCAUCUUGUUUUAUUUUUUCCUCUCUUCCUCUGUGAUCCUCUGUUUUGUUUUUUUUUUCUAUUUUGUUUUUAAAAUUCCACAUGAGUGAGAUCAUAUGAUAAUUGUUUUUCUCUGAUUGACCUAUUUUGCUUAGCAUAAUACCCUCUAGUUCCAUCCACAUCAUUGCAAAUGGCAAGAUUUCAUUUUUUGAUGGCUGAGUAAUAUUCCAUUGUAUAUGUAUACAUCUUCUUUACCAUUCAUCUGUCCAUGGACAUCUGGGCUUUUUCCAUAGUCUGGCUAUUGUGGACAUUGCUGCUAUAAACAUUGGGGUGCAUGUGCCCCUUCGGAUCAUUACAUUUGUAUCUUUGGGGUCAAUACCCAGUAGUGCAAUUGCUGGGUCAUAGGGUAGCUCUGUUUUCAACUUUUUGAGGAACCUCCAUACCAUUUUCCAGAGUGGCUGCACCAGCUUGCAUUCCCACCAACAGUGUAGGAGGGUUCCCCUUUCUCUGCAUCCUCACCAACAUCUCUUGUUUCCUGACUUGUUAAUUUUAGCCAUUCUGACAGGUGUAAGGUGGUAUCUCAUUGUGGUUUUGAUUUGUAUUUCCCUGAUGCUGAGUGAUGUAGAGCAUUUUUUCAUGUGUCUAUUGGCCAUUUGGAUAUCUUCUUUGGAGAAAUGUCUGUUCACAUCUUCUUCCCAUUUCUUGAUUGGAUUAUUUGUUUUUUGGGUGUUGAGUUUGAUAAGCCAUAGAGGGUUUUCAAAGGGUACUAGACUAUUUGAGGGAAUGUGGUCAACAUUAAGCCUGAUUGUAUAGUGGUAAGUACCAUUGGUAUGGGAGUUAUUAGACUAUUUCUCUUUUGUCUGUUUCUACAUCUUUUGAAUGGGAUUAUAUGUGUCUGAAUGUACAAGUUCUACAGCUCAUGAAGUGGAUGCCCAUGAAGUAGAAGACACUGCCAAGAACUUUAACAUCAUGUCCAGGCAAACUACUGAAUAAUAGUUAAAACAAUAUACAAAUAACAAGCUAAUGGGAGGAGGGGACUGGGAUCUUUUUUUUUUUAGGCUUAUGUAUGUAUGUAUGUAUGUAGAGAGAGCAGGGGGAGGGGCAAAGAAAAGGGAGAGAAAAUAUCAAGCAGACUCUGUGCUGAGUGUGGAGCCAGACGCAGGGCUGGAUCUCACAACCCUGAGAUCAUGACCUGAGCCGAAACUGAGCAUCGGAUGCUUAACUGAACCACCUAGGUACCCUGGAAUCUUUCAAAGAGGCAGAAAAGUAAAAGGACUGUGGAACAGGUAGGGCAAAAAAGAGCAAAAUGGCAUAUUUGUAUGCAAAUGUGUUGGUAAUUAUGCCUUUUUUUUUUUUUUAAAGAUUUAUUUAUUUAUUUGAGAGAGCGAGAAUGAGAGAGAGUACAUGAGAGGGGGGAGGGUUAGAGGGAGAAACAGGCUCCUCGCCAUCAGGGAGCCCGAUGCAGGACUCGAUCCAGGGACUCCAGGACCAUGACCUGAGCCGAAGGCAGUCGCUUAACCAACUGAGCCACCCAGGCGCCCAAUUAUGCCGUACUUUUUAAUUGGACUAAAUAUUCCUAUGGAAAGAUAAAGACCGGCAGCUGGAUUAAAAAAAAAAAAGGACAGCUAUAUACUAUGUAUAAGAGACAUACCUUAAAUAUAAGAACAUGGACAGGUUGAAA